AUGGAUGGGGAGCAGUUUGAAGCCCCCAUAACCCAAGAGGAGGUGGUCAGUGACCUGCUACACCACUCAGAUACACACAAGUCUAUGGGGCUGGAUGGCACAUACCCAAGGGUACUCAGGGAGCUGGCAAAAGUGCUCAUCAAGACACUUUCCAUCAAUUACCAGCAGUCCUGGGUAACUGGCAAGGUCCCAAUUGACUGGAGAUUGGCCAAUGUGACAUCCAUCUACAAGAAGGGCUGCAAGGAGGAUCCAGGGAACCACAGGAGGGUGAAGCACAACCUGCCUCCUCCCACAGGACUGCUGACCUUGCUGGUGUCCUCUGCUGCUGCACCUCUGUUGCUGCCUGUUCCGGGCACCCCUCUGACAAACUACGAGUACAAGAUCUUCUUUGCUGCCCUGAAGAGAGGGAAGAAGGUGGAGAUGACCUGCCAGCUGCGCCAGGCACAGGGCUGCCUCCACCCCACCAUCGUGCAGCUGGACCAGGAUGAGAACCACGGAGCCAUCCCAGAAGGGCCAGUCUGCUCUGCCCUCCCAGAGGCCCCUCGGUUCCGCUCCUUCUGCCUGUUUGCCCAGUACCGCUGCCUCAAGCGCCGCUUCUACGUCAAGCGAAUCCCGUGUUCAAGUGUGUACCCUCGUGCUUUGGGCCGGGCAAAGGACAGACGCUCCUCUGUGGAAGAAGCCACGACAGAGGCACCAAGCUCCCUAGAGCUGCCUGAGCUUCAAGAAACCCCUAGCCCCUCGACUCCUGAGCUGGAAUCCCCUGACCAGGCCAAGCAAGACUGGGCACAACGCCUGCAUAACAGCGUCUGGCAUCUGGUCCACUGGACCUUCUCCUUGGAGGCAUCCACGGCCACUGAGGUCUCUUCUCCGGCCCCUGACACCAAGGCAGAAGCAAAGAACACAUCAGCCAGCCCCAAGGUGGAGGUGAAGGAAGCAAUCCCCCGUGGCAGCCUUUUAGCCCUGAAGAACGCUGAGGCCGUGAUGAUCCUGUGCUAUGAGCUGCUGGAGGGAAACUGCCUCACGUCGUUGCUCACAGAGCUCUGGAAGGAGAUAGAAGCAAAGAUCCUUGGCUUUGGAAACGAGGUGUGUGACAACCUGGGGCGGCGCCACAUGGACCUGUGCCCCAACUGCGCCUUCUGCUCCCUGAAGAGGGAGCAGUGCCAGAACACCCGGAGCCUGCACCGCGACCGCUGCAAGGCAGGCAGCUUCAUCACCUACAUCAACCCUCAGAUCCUGGCCCAGCGAGGAGGCAACAUGACCAGCUCCGCGGGGAUCUCCGAGCACUUGGGCAUGGAGUUUUUUGGAGGGCUGAGGAUGGAGUACUGGUGUGGCCGGAUGGCCACCCAUGGCUGUAACGACCCUCUUGUGGCCCUCUGGCUGAAGGCAGAGGAUGCCACCUUCCACGACGGAGAUCGCGCCGAACCGGUCUGCGACUCAGAUGGAAUCCAGCACCCCAACUACUGCGCGUUCAAGAGCCACCAGUGCCUGCAGAAGAACCUCUACAACCAGAAGGUGACUCGCCACAGCUGCAACAGAAACGAGAUGCACCAGGUGCUGACUGAGCAGGAGGGAGAGAACGAGACGCGGAUGUGGCACAAGAGGUUCCUCCGCCUCAUCCAUGGGUGA